GUGGGGCGAGGGUGGCAGUCGUGCCGGGCAUGCGGGCGGGGGUAAGGGGGUGCAACGAACCCUCUCGCCUCGGCUCGAGUCUACGGAGCACGGAGUUGUGUUCGAAUCAUGGCGACACCCGACCCCGUAGACCCAGCCACCCUAGAGAUUAAGACCCGUAGCAUAGAACAGACACUACUCCCACUAGUGAAGCAGAUUUCCACGUUAGUCUCGCACAGAGAACGGCCGCUAUGUUCGGACCGGAGUCUACGAGCGGUCGCCAGGGUCGGCCAGGCGGUAAAUUUGGCGGUCGAGAGAUUCGUGACCGUCGGCGAAACUAUCGCGGACGACAACCCGGAGAUCAAGCAGGACAUGUACGAAGCGUGCAAAGAGGCGAGAGUCGCCGGAUCGGCGAUCGAGAAAUUAUGCGAGUGCGCCAUGGAGGACAGCCUGGCUGAUCGAGGCUCUGUCGUAAGAGCUGCCAGAUGUCUUCUAGGCUCGGUGACAAGAGUUCUCCUUCUGGCAGACAUCGUCGUGGUCAAGCAACUGCUUCUCGCCAAGGAUAAGGUCGCCCGCAGUCUCGGGCGCCUCGAAAGCGUCUCCAAUUUCACCGAAUUCGUCAAGGCGUUCAGCCAAUUUGGAGCGGAAAUGGUCGAAUUAGCACACUUAACGGGCGAUCGUCAGAACGAUCUGAAAGAUGAAAGGCGACGCGCGCAAAUGGCGGCGGCUCGGCAAGUACUGGAGAGAAGCACCAUGAUGCUGCUCACAUCUAGCAAAACGUGCUUAAGGCACCCUGAAUGUCCAUCCGCGAAGGAGAACCGAGACACCGUCUUCUGCCAGAUGAGAAGAGCAAUGGAUCUGAUACACUAUGUCGUCAAGGACGGUGUAUUAGAUUGCAGCGAGUCGCAGUCCUACUCGAAUUCACAGAGUCCUCAGCAAGAAGACUGGGACAGUAGUACCGUUUGCUCGGCAUUGAAACACUUCGAGAGGCUCGUUGAAACAACGAGGAUGACCCUGCUGGGACCAGGCUGCCGCGAGACACUUACGUCCGCACUUGACACGGUGGUGGAGAGAACGCAGGACUUCACAGACAGCGCCUACACGAGCCAUGAACACCGAGAAAACAUCCUAUUGCUUUGCGAUCGCGCAAAGCUCGAGCUAAAUACACUGCUACGGAUCGGCAAUAGUAUGAAUUACGAGGGUGGCGGGGGUUCACCCAGUUCAGAAAUGGAACAAGCGGUGGUGGGUGUGCUACGGGCGACCAGAGACCUUCGCCAGCAACUCAGCACGACGACAAUGGAACAAGCCGGUGAUCUUGGACAAGUGACAAAAGCCGGCCAGGAGCUCGUGUCAACGAUCAGAAAUCUCGCGUUGGCCAAUGACAUCGACCGUCUGCAAGAGAGCAGCGACAGGUUCCACGAGUAUAUCGAACAUAUUCUCGAAGUGUGCAAACUUCUCAGACACGUUGCACUCUCGGAAUCGCUGCAAGUGUCGGCGAAGUUUACGGAAAUCAACUUGAGAAUAUACGGCCCUCAAGUAGUAACAGCCGCGCACACGUUGGCCAGGCAUCCCACUAGUAAGAUAGCCAAGGAAAAUCUUGAAGUAUUCGCCGACAUGUGGCAGUGGCUCAUGACUGACGUAACGACAGUGGCGAAAGAUGUCCUAGAACUCAGUCAAAACCGGCCGGAGAAGCAAGUUUACAUGUCUUUACCGCGACCUGGGAAACACGGUACGACAAGCAAACCGUUGAAGCCGGUGCGAUUAGACAGCGAGGAGCAGGCAAAAAUCGCCAAGGCGGGCCUCGAGAUGAAGCUGAUCACCUCGGAGAUGGACGCCGAGACAGAGAAGUGGCAGGAAAGCGGAAGUGCCCUGGAGGAAAACAACGACAUCGUGAAACGAGCAAAGAACAUGUCCUCGAUGGCGUUCUCUAUGUAUCAGUUCACGAGAGGCGAAGGCGCCCUGAAGACCACCCAGGACCUAUUCACCCAAGCUGAGUAUUUUGCCGAGGAGGCGAACAGAUUGUACAAGGUUGUGAGACAAUUCAGUUACCAGGUACCCGGUGGGCCGCACAAGAAAGAACUGUUGGAGAAUCUGGACCGAGUACCGACCUACGUCCAGCAACUCCAGUUUACCGUGAAGAACCCCACCGUUGGCAAGGCCGCUACGUUCACAAAAGUCGACAACGUCAUACAGGAAACGAAAAAUCUCAUGAAUGUGAUCUCGAAGGUGGUCACAACGUGCUUCGUCUGCGCCACAAAGUACAACCUGGAUUUCCGAGGUCUGUCGGCGCGUGGGGCCGGCGGCUCGCCGUACAGGGGCGGAGAUGGUGCGGGAGCUGACGGCGACGGUGGCGGAGUUGGCGUCGACGGCAGCAAGACGGGCUCCGCCCCCGGCAGCGACCCGUCCGUCUGACAGUUUGGAAUGGCCCGACGGGCCAAGGGGGACGCUCGCCGCACCCGGGUUUCCUUUCUACUUUUCUAGGGAGAACCUCGCCUGCCCCAACAACAACAACACACGUAUACGUCGACCGCGCGGGACUGCCGUCCGAGGAGUCCCGCGACGAUCGUCGGGGACGCGGUGCUCGCAGGUGCCUCGCCUGCUCGGGAUAUGCUCGCUGCCAUCGGCGACAUAUUGCGUUGCAUAACAGUAUUCGGAAGCUGUGGGUGAAAAGGAGUCGAAAGCGUUCCUCUGGACGCCCUCUGAUGAUGAUGAUGAUAAUAAUUGAUUAUUGAUUCGCGAUACGUGGAGUCUCGAUUUUGAUCGCUUCAUCGUCGACAUUCGACGAUGAUGAAGCUUCAGUUCGAUGAUCUCGUGAGCGUUUGUAUGAAUCGAGCUAUCGCGAGAGUGUCGAUCGUGCGGAAAGGAACCCUCGUGGAAAUGUCAAGGAUGACGCUCUCAUCAUAACGAUGCUCAUCACAGUGACAUUUCGGCCAGGGAAGAGUCGUAAUUAGUCCCGAAUAAUCGUCGGCAAUUGGCCAAACGAUGACGCGAUAUGAGGAAGGCGAGGAUGCGAAAAAUAUCGCAAAACUGUUCGGUGCGCUUCGACAAUCGCCCGACGAUGCUAUUAAUAUAUAGAAACAAGCUUGGCUUUAACGUCGACGUGUACGUUCCGUACAGAUCACUUGGAUACGUAUUAAUAGUCAUUACCUGAAACUUGUCUCACGUGAGAUGCUUAGAUUUGAAUUAGGCGUUUAGAAUAAUAUGUGUGUGGUAUUACACUCGUAAUCGUGAUUUAAUUGAGAAAUUCACAUUUAACUCUAAAUUUAGAUCUAACAAGGGAACAUCGCAUACUCUCCCGUCGAAAAUUAAGCGAUCGCUAGCUUGAUGGAAGCUGGCAUGCUUGGAACACGUUCAGGAAGAAUCUAAGUGUGCUAUAGUCAGCUUUCUGCGAGUUACAUUUCGAUCGCUUCAUUUUCAACUGGGUUAACUCACCGAUUUUGACCAACAAAAAUGUUUAUGAAUAAUCUUUGUCCGAUGAAAUUACUUUGCAAAGCUAUUCGAUGCACUUCUCAGAAUUUGCAGAGAAAAAAUUCAUAAAAUUUAACACAAAUACACGCCCACUACUCAUAAAAGUUUUUUUUUAUCAAAAUCAGUAAAUCAGAGUACGAGAUGUCCCCUUGUAUUUCAUGUGACACUUAACUCCUAUUAAUAGUUGUUACUUGAAACUUAUCUCACAUAAAAUACUCAGAAUUUAAAGUUAAAUUUGUGAAUUUUCUCAUAUUUAAUGUGUAUGAUGUUAUAUUUGUAAUCACGAUUCAACUGAGAGACUCAGAUUUAACUCAAAAUUCUAAUCUCAAUAUCCCACUUAAGAGACAAGUUUCACCAAUUAUCAAUACGGGUCUUGGUUGCGAGUGUAUUGGUUCUUUUUUGUUGACAAUGAAAGCAAGGCAAGGCAAGAUCAAACGCCGCUGGUAGCGAACUGGUCCCGGGCGUGCGUGUUUAUCAUUUGCGAAAGCAGAUAAGCGUGGGAGCGCUUGCACGGUCGAGUUCCGACGCGCGUGGCGAUCGAGGCGUGGAAAAGCGGGAAAAUUAAGCCGGACGAAGCCGAGCGCGAAAGUGUCGGAUGAAACGGCGCGUCUCUUUCUCCUUUCCCGCGUGUGUAUAUGCGUGCGUUGUUGUUGCCGCUCGCGAAAUUGCAUUUCCCUCUUAAUCGCGCGCUCUGUCCACGCGUUUCUGGUCGUUGUCAAUGCACCGUUGUCGACAAUUCACCGAAUGUACACGGGACGAGUAGCCGGCUGACGAAAUUUCGACAUUUGCAUUUGCAAUGGCGCGGCUAAAUUACACCGUUAUCUUUCUCUCUCGGAACGUUUACCCGAAACGUUUCUCUGAAUGAGGCCAGUACGCGCCGCAGUGUUACAUUUCACUGCUGCUGCUGUUGCUACUAUUGCUAUUACCGUUAAUGUUGAUGUCGCUCUCCGCCACGCUAAUAGCAAUUUCACUAUCGUGUUAUCACACUCGUGAUUUCAACGGCAUACCCGAGAGCAUUCUGUAAUUUACGUCGGCUCGGUGAAUUGCACGGUUCAACCCCAACUUAUGAUCGUGACUGCGAACCGCGUCAACCUGUCGGUUUGUUUGCCAAACAAUACGCGCGGUGCGUUUCGCCGUGACGUCGAGCUAAAGUCGCACACGUCACAUACACACACCUCCAGUGUGUGUGUGUGUGUGUCUUUGUGUGUAUAUGUGUGUAUGUGUGUGUGUGUGUGGUGUGUGUAUGUGUAUGUAUAAGGAUACCUCGCGAAAUAUUUGGAAUUCGUCACGUUACCCCGCGAGAACGCAGCGAAGAAAAACUUUCCCGCCAACGUAUAAGUAUACAUAUAUGUCUGGCUGCGCACAAACAAAUCGUUCUUCCAAUCUCGAGAAGUUGGUGCAACGACAAUAAUUAACAAUGUCGAUCGCAGUGCCUUUUAGGUGUGAGAAAACGUUGAAACUUCGCCGAGGCCAGCCACCUCAGCUUCCUUGUUACGCCAACUUCGGUCAACUUCGGAUUACGCGGGCGAGCGCGUUGCCAUUACAUGCAAAAGAUCAAGAUCGCGCGCUCGCGCGUAUGUAUGUACGUACAUCUGCAUGACUUUAGCUCGCGAUCGUUAAACCUUUGACUCAGGCUGCACCGGCGCGGCACAGCUCCCAUGGGGGCAAGGAAAUGGAGGAAAGUACAAUUAUUUAAAAAAAAAAAAAUUGUUCUUCAUUAUUUGCGAUUACACUAUACGUCAGAGCCGGAUCAUAGACACAGUACGUUGGUCAUGCGUUGGCUUCUAAGCUGAAGCUGUUUCAUGGUUGCAGCGAGAUUGUUGGCUUCAGAACUAAGUCCGGAGUCAAAGGUUUGAGGCGAACACACUGCGUGAAAGUACUUACACAACUCGGAAGUCGAGCCGACGAAGAGACGCCCUUCGGACAGCGUCUCCCGAUCUUGAACAGUCCACGCGCUAAUGAACAAAACUUUCCGGUCUUUUACGUUGCCCGUCGCUUCGAUUCGCCGGCUAAUUAGAGAAAUUUGAACAAUGGCAGUCGAGAACAUUCGUACAAUUCCGCAUUGUGCGAGAGGAGGCGCUCUUGUUAUGUUCACUUACACAGCCUGCCAUUCUUCAGAUUCCUCGACACACCGUGCAGCGGCAGAAUCUCGAUGAUCGCGGGUUCAAUCAAUUAAGAAUAAUCGUCCAGUUGAGCGUGCAAAAAAAAGGAAAGGAAGGAAUCGAAUUAACUCGAAGCGACGCGUCGAGAUUCUGUUGUAUCCCUGAAAUAUCGAAUGGAUUUCGAACUGACCUCUCAAUUAAGAAUCGUUCUUGACUAAAAGGGGAAAGAAGAGUCACUUUUACACAGCAGACUGUAGUGUUUGCGAAACGAUAACGACGUUCACAGCUCAAUCAAGCCUCCGCAGAGGUAGAAACGAUACUCAUGGGGUAGGAGAUGGCCCAUGGAAGGUGACCUGGGGGCGGCAGCAGGGCGGUCAGGGACGUACUUUGUGGCAAGGACAUAUAUUCAGUUACCACCCGAGAUCGCACGCUGCGAGGCAGCCUAGUUAUCGCGCACGAGAAAGUGUCCGAUUUGACGAUGCGGUCGUACGAAUGAUUGCGCGUGAGCGAAACCGCGAGCCAAACCGAAGUCGUUCAAAUCGGACAUUCCUGACGACCGCUGGUAUCGAAACCUGCGUCGCGAUGCCACAAAGAGAAGCGAGGCACCGCGAACUGCGGUCGUCAUUAAUAAUAAUAGGUCGCUCGUCGUUAAUAUAAUAUCGCGCAAAAUAAAAAUUGUGUGUAUUAAAUGAACGCGGGAAAUACAACGGUCACGAGACCGUUGAGUGAUUAUCGCCUUCGAUUGUGGUAUACUUUUAGAUCCAUUGUAGAUCUAGAAGAAAAUUUCUAGAGGAAAAUUUGACGGUGAGCGCUCACUCAACUGUUGUGUUUCCUGAACGUAAACAUUGUUUUCUAGCCAAGGAUUUUCUGUCCAUACGUUGAUCUAUUCAAUCUGAUAGAUCGGUCGUCACGCGCGUGAUAUGUGAGCAGAUGGCGAAGUGGCUCAAAUCGCACUCUUUAAAUUUCUUGGAGUGCUCUCCGAAUUUUUUGGAGUCAGGUUCCACUCAAAACAAAUGAAAAGUGGCAGUAUUUUCACUUGUAGCGAUGGUGAAAUUACAAGAGUGAAUGUUUCACUCAAGGUUACAGUGAACUCCGAUCUCGUAUGAGCGAAUGUUUAGUCGAUUAGAGUGAAUAUGUUCCUAUGACGGUAUGCGGAGUACAUCAGACACAAUUUCUUGUACUAAUACCUUCAGUUUCGAGUGAAAAUGUUCGCUCGACGAUUCAGAAUGGAGGAUCCACUCUGUGGGAGUGAAAAGUCACUGGAAUUCGAGUGACUCGGCUGUCACCCUGCUCUUUUCGAGUGAAACUUCACUCCAAAAAAUUUAGAAAGUAGCUUUUAUAUUCGCGGCUCACCUAUGUACCAAUCGUAACGUUUCUAGCAUGUGAAAUUCAGUAUUGUCGAAUCAGGAAAGAAAGAAAUGAACAGAUCGCGAUCCGAUAGUAGCCGCGGAGUCUCCUUCGUGCGCGGGGCCUGUCGAGUGCAACGGGACCGACAUUGUCUCCUACAUGCUUGCGAAAGGUCGCUCUAAUUGCGACGAACCGUUAUCCGUCACGACUAUGCAGAAACGAUUUCACGACGAUUAGGUGCUACGUAGACACUCGUCACGAUUUCUUCUCUAUGCACGACAAGACGCGAGGAGAUUUGUCGCACAAGCGAUCCCCGUGAUCUUCCGGAUGCGGGCUGAAACGCUUGAGCGCGCGAUUCGACGCGCGACGGAACGCGCCGAGGAGCACCCUUCGUGUCUCGAAGGGCUGCGCGCGAGUAAAACAGACGAGACGAGAGCGCGUCCGGUCGCACGUCGAUCGCGCGAGAGAACUGAUCGCACCGCCGUAGCGAGAACACAAGUGUAAGCGAUAUCUAGUAUUAUUAAUGUUAAAAGGAUGUGGUUAAUGGACGGCGACCGUAACGUCGAUGUACAUACAGCACUAAUUAAGCCGCGUGUGUGAGAGAAAAGCGUUGACUUUCUUUGUGCAUUUUGCGUACGUCUCUACCAGCGGGUGUACGAGAGAUACCUGUUCUUUGUAUGCAUGUAAGUUCGUGCGUGUGUGUGUGUGUGUGUAUGUGUGUGUCUGUGUCUGUGUGUGAGUAUUAUACAGAGUUAGCACAAAAAUGCAACAAAGACGCUCAUCACGACGCGGGAAGCGAAUGUCUGCCGCGAUCGAUUUAACCUUUCUUACCUCACCUUCUGGUCGGAAUGCAAAAUCGAUGUUUUUAACUAAAAACCAAAGUCCAUGUCGAAAGCAAACCUUUAACACGUUCCAUUUACAUUAAUUAAAAAUCAGUCUUACAGACCGCGCGCAAGUCUUUAUAUGUUCGAAAAUCACGUGAGUCAAAAGAAGGUUAACCUCGAUCGAAUUUUAACACGUCGAGUGCCACGCUGAAUUCGAGCGUGAGAAUCGUCAGGCCCGAAUUCGUCAUCGCGAUCGUAAACGGAAUCAGAUCAUAGCUGGACCCUGACAGUAACAUCAAGCACUUCCCGAACGUAUUGGUGCAAAUUUCACUGGUUUCAAAUUUACUUUCAAGAACUCUCAAAACUAUACGUUAAAAGUACGUUAAAAACGAAACAAAAGAGAGAACAACAUUUUUUUCAAAUUACAUUGAAAAUCCAAGUAUGUUAUUAUGUCCUUUUUAGCUGAACUGUUUGAACUGGUGUAGUUAGGGUGAGACAGAUAUAUCUUGUUCCACUCUAAAAUCUAUAAAAACUUCUAAAUCUAUGUAAAACUUAUUUCACCAAAGUGCACUAAUUUAGGAAAUUUAGCUAAAAGAACAAACCUAUUUUUAAAUGCAGAAAUGUGUAAUUUGGCUAAAGUUCUUUUUACACUCUCUCGUACGACUUUAAAUCAUAUUAUUUAAAAGAUCAUUAUAUUCAAAAGAUACGUGUUAAUUAUAAUUUAAUACGUGUAAACCUGUUAUAUGACAUGACUUAAAACGAUAAGAAACAUGUGAAGAGAGAUUCAGCCAAAAUAACACGUUUGUAUUUGCAGUGUAUAAUUUGCAGUAUGAUAUAUGUUUUACAAAAUUUUAAAUGAAUUUUUUUUAUAACGUGUCCAUAUAAUACAUCAAACGUGUUACCGUCAGGAUUAGCACAUUAACAAUCGCAUGAGUUAUAUUGGAGUUACAUUAUAUACGCCUUAACAUUGUAAUAACUAGAAUUACAUUAAUACAAUUUUCAAUCUUAUAUGUAACGCGUGAAAUUGAAAAUUAUAGGAGACCCUGGUAAGUUGUACUUACAUGGACCUGCGCUCGAAGAAAUCUGUCCUCUUCUUUCAGAGCGCUGAAUAAAUAAUACUUUAAUGAUCGUAAGUAAAUCGUAAGUAAAUGUUAAGGCAGUAAAAGUUAUUCUUUUACAUAACUGGUGUACACUCGGCUAGGCUAAAUACACGCGCGGUAAGAUCAUUCCUAAUUGAGUGAGUAAACCGUCACUCAGAUACAACGGUAACGUGGCACUCGAAGUGUUAAUGCUGGAACGCCUGCUCCUUCUCCUCGUUUCUCUUCUCACACGAAAAUUAAUGUGAAUUGUGAUCUUUGCGAGAAAGAGAACCAGAGCUCGUGCUCGAAGAAAAUCAAACUAUUCGCUAUUGUAUUAUUACCCAUGUUUAAAAUUACAAAUGUUUAAAAUAUAUCUUGGAGUAUCAUAAAAACGUCUAAACCAAGUAGGAUGUCUUCUAAACGUUAGAUUUCUUUUGGACAUUUACGUUGUAUAGGUAUGUUCCUUUCGUAAUUAUUCACUGAUAAUCUCACCGAUCAAUGUGCGAUGUAAUAGCGGAAUUCACACAUGGGAAAUAUUACUUUAUUGCGAAUAAUUUGAAAUUUAGAGAAACAUCGACCUUCGGGCGUUCCAGUGCCAAUUCAUUCGCAUCAACACCGUCGUUUAACGUCGUUAGCGACGUCGACGUACUCUUCGUUCGAAGCGAUUUCGAGCAUAUAAGUCACGGCACACGUCGCGCAGAUCAAUCGAUAUAUCCUCACGAGUUCCUAGAGUAGAAAUAUUAGCGAUGUCGUCGGCGUCGCGACGUCGAGAUGCUGUUAAAGAGAGAGAGAGAAAAAAGAGAGAGAGAGAGAGAGAGAAAAAGGUCGCGAGUCAGAUUUUCUCGUGAACUUCGUAACUCGACAUGGAAGACUAUACGUAUUGAAAAGAAGGUUGUAAACGUGACACAUAUUGCAGCCGCGAACACAACACGUCCACCAGUCCACUCACACAGAUAUACGCAACAGCUUUUGUACAGACUCUGUAUCAUACGUUACCACGACCUCCAAACUAUAUAGGGUACGUUCGUUAAAACAAAAAAAAAAGGAGAAGAAGAAACGGUAAGCUUAAGUUUUUUGUAUAAAACGGCACAAAUAUUUUCUAUGGGGAAACGGGGGCGAGUUCGAUCGUAAGUGUUGUGUUUCUAUUAUUGAUUGCCCGAUCCGCGUCUCUGAUCAGUAGAUUGUCGCGCUGGUUGAUCGCGCUUAUCUACGGAAGAACGAGAGCUCGCGGAAGUGUAUCGUUGAAAAUACUUAUGAACAAUUCCUACGCAAUAAUAUGGUAGUACUUACGAGUAUAUAAAAGCGAGAGAACGAAAGAGGAAGAAAGAGAGAGAGAGGGUGUUUUCCAGCAAGAGACAGAGGACACAGUGUAAAUUAAUGUGUAACACGGAAUGUUUCUAUAUUGAUACGUUACACUGCUCGACGCAGCAAAACUCUAAGGGCCGGUUGUUCCAACUUCUUGGUGAGUUAACUGAUAGUUAAGUCACAUGUAUGUCUUUGUCUAAAUUGAAAUAAAAACAAAAACAGAUAUAAGAUUUAAUCAUCAGUUAAUUUACCAAGAAGUUGGAACAACCAGUCCGUAUUCAUAGAUGUACCUUAAGAAAUAAAGACUCCUUAUUGGCUAAAGUCAACAGCACACGGUGCGUUUUUUCCUGCUGGAUUGUUUGCGUGCUCCUAUGUUGACUACACUGCUGGCUGUCUUGCUGGAAAUGGUUUGUCUGCUAGCUACGCUGCUAAGUACUUUGCUAGAUUUUCAUGAUAAAUCAGGUGUUAUUUUUCUCGCGUGGUCAUGUGCUGGCUUGUUGUCAAAGCCAAUCAGAAUGUUAUUUUAGAUCACAUAACUAAAGUAUUCUUUUCUUUAAAAAUACCGUUUAUCAGGUGUGAAAAAAACAUAUUAUUUAACCUUAGAAUAUGCUUUACUACGUGUAAAGCAAGUGAAAGAAAAAGAUGGAUAAACGAAGCUAUUUGUAGUCUGAUAGAGAUCUACAAAGAGGAACAAAGAGGAACGUAGAAGUGUUGCAAUUCUUCGAUAAUUAAAAUUAAUACAAUUGAAAUUUUCUUGUACGAGAAACUAUUUCCUAAACAAAAACAUCAUGAAUUGUACCUCCAAUUAAAUCGCUAUAUGUAUUAUUAUCUCGCAUCUCGUAUCUCGUGCUAAUAUGCCGAAAGAAGUACUUCCUAUCAGUGAGUAAUUCGAAAUGUCGUUUCUAUUUAAAAAUUAGUACCUCAAAUCUGAAGGUACUACACAUGCAGCGCAUGGUUAAGAGUGUAUUCUUGAAAUAGUUGCGUAUGCGUAAGUUUUAUUGCGCCAUUUCGAAAAUACAGGCCCUGCUCCAUGUCAAAUUAAACACGAUCCAAUGCCUUCCAAAUAGAAUUGAGUUCAGCCAGCACGAAAACACAUACUGUGUGAAGCCAAAUCAAUACACGGCCAGCAGCACUACCAGCAUAGCUGCCUGCACGGUAGCAAACGCAAUCCAGCUAGCAAUCUAACAGAAAAAAACGUACUGUAUAAAUUGCAACGUUGGUUUAAAUUGCACUUUAUAAACUUUCCUUAACCAAACAAGGAGCCUUCUUGGCUGCCUUAUUUCAAACUAAGUCGUGAGCUUCCUUGAGACGACGGCAGUAACUUGUUAGCAGAAGAUGCAAUAACAACCUAUAAAAAUGUCAAUUUUGUACGUGUGUAGAGCACUAUUAUUGACUCCUGCAUUAAACUGUGUAAUUAAGAUAUAUAAUGAAUGAGAACGAAUAAGAAAAUGAUUCAAACGAUGGAUUUGAAAGUGAAAAUGAGAAAAAUAAUAUUCGGUGGUGUUUACCAAAAAGAUACAUUCGUAACAGGGUAAAUCUUACAAUUAAGUUUUACAAAGAUGAACCUUUUAGAAAACGAUAUAGAUUGAAUAAAGCACAUAUGAUUGAUAUUCUAUUCUAUUAUCGCUGAUAAAUGAACAAUUACAACGAGAAGAUAAUCGCUAAUUUCCCCGUUAAUGCAAGCAUUUCUCCCAACUUUCAGCCUUAUAUCAAAUCUAUUACUCGUAUUCCUUUAUUUUCUAUAGUUUUUUCUUCUGAUAUUAAUUGAGCAAGGAGCAUCCACUUAUUUUCGGUAUAAGUGUUUUUAGACUCACAGUUCAUAAUUGCAAUAUAUACACAUAUUAACAAUUGCACUUCUAUUGUUGUUUAAAAAAUAUUAUGAGAAGAUGCAAUGAGAGAUUAAAGUCAAUUAAAGUAGAAAAUUAGGUUAUACAUAUUCACACUCUUUGUUCAAAUUUCACUCUGAACUAUGGCAUAAUUCAAGUUUCCGUAAAUUACCAAAAAUUCCCAAAGAACAAACUCCUUUUAGAAGGAAAUUUUAAAAUCUCAUUAUAAAAUAAGAAGACCUUGAUAAAAUAAGGAAUCUUUAUUGAAGAUUUUCUUAAGAUAAGAACCAUCUAUGAAUACAGGCGUAAGAGUCUUGUUCUGAACUCUUUUUUAUUGAUGAAAGUGUCUUUAAGGGUCUACUUUUCAAUAAUAAUUUAAACUUAGAUUUAAGUUUUAAACUUUAACAGAGUUUAACUCUGUUUAAACACAUGAAAUAUAAUGUUAGUAUAGAAUUUAUAAACUAAAAUCUAUAAAUUUAAACUAAUAUUGAAAAAUCGAUCCUAAACGUAGUUUAUAAAUCUUUUUAUUGACUUUCAGUCACAUUCAGAGGCACUUUUAUCAGUAAAAGAGAGUUCAAAAUAAGUUUCAAUGUGUAAAACAUAUCUGUCGGCAAUAUUUCAAAAAACUUAUCACAUGUAAUCGCUCUCAUUCUUUAGUAUAACUUACAAAAUUAUUGUUACACAUCGGUAUACAAUGGAUACUUCCUCAAAAGUUGAGUACAGAAUAUUGAAAAAUAAACUUAACAUUUUAUUACUUAUAUAAAAAUAAAUUUCAUUAAAUUCUAUAAGCUUCUAUUCGAUUUUUUAUCAAUUUAUUUACGUGCUAAUAUUGCAAUGAUAUAAUUAUUUGAAAUAUAUUUUCAGUCACAAUAGUUUCUAUAGAAAAGAUGUAUAUAUAGUUAUUUAUACAAACUAUAAAAUUUGUUCAAAAUCAUAUGUGUCUAUUAUAGAUAGACUGAGUAUUUAAAAAUAAAAAUAAAGAACUAUAAUACAGUCUGGUGUUACAUUAAGAAAGUAAACUGCUUUCCAAUAAGUACUUUACACAGUGUAGUACAGUGUAAUAUAGCAUGUUCUUGUUGGAAAACAUUCGGAGAAAGAGGGAAAGAAGCUACGGACGUAAAGAUGUAAUGUUAGUAUCGUAUCGUCGUUACACGUCGUUACGAGCGCACUCGUGAACGAUGAAACGUUAUUGUAUUCUCAUAGUGUGCUAGUUUUCUCUCGGAGUUCGGUCACGCGUUUUUCCACACUAGAUACUGUUGUUUCCGUUGUUUCCCGCGGAAUGAUUCUUUCAUCGCGCGCGACGCGAACCGAUCGUCUAGAUAUAUCUUGUAGAGAGACCAUCACGUUAUAUCGUAAUACUGAUGACGGAUAUAAUGAAAAAAAAAAAGAAAAAGAAACAGCGCGAGACGAAAUGCUCUUAAGGCUUGUAUUAAUAGUCCUUAUUUGAAACUUACCUCACAAGUGAGAUACUCAGAUUUGUAUUUAGAGUUAGUUGCGAGUACACAAUAUUGUGAAUAUACAAAAUAAUGUCACAUAUUACCACAAGAUUCAAUAGAAAAGCUCAGAUCCAACUCUAAAUUUAGAUCUGAGUAUCUCACGUGAGACAAGUUUCAAGUAACAUCUAUUAAUACGGACCUUAAAGUCUCGCGACCGAGAUGUUAACGAUCAACCGAGAUCUCAUACGAUAGAUGCUGAAAUCAGCCGCGGUGUCAAGUCCGAUUACUUUUGCGUGUACGUGUAUGUUGUUGCUGAUCUGAUGUAACGGAGAGUGGGUCUAGUUGGAUGCGUAGAUAAGUUUACGUAUUGCUAUACGGAGAAAGAAGUCUCAGUUGUGUAUCUGAAUGAAGACCAGACGGAAAUUCUGUUACGAGAAACGUUAUCUUUAUUAUUGUGAGCGAAAUCAUUGAUCUAUAAACAUUUAGCUAUAUUAAAAUAAUUAUCUCGAUGAGAUAACGGAGAACAAUUGACUAAGUAGAAACUUCCUACGGAAGUCUUUCUGUUUCUGUAACCGAAUUUUGUCUAGUCCCCAGACAACAAAAAAUUCAGUUACACGAGCUGAACUUUUUUUUCAUAUAAGUGCACGAAAAAAAAUUCAGUUUGUAUGACUGAAUAGGAACCAAACGAAAAUUCGGGAUUAUAAAAAAUUCUAUCUUUAUUACCGCGAGUGAAAGCAUUCGUCUAGAUAUUCAGCUGGAUAUUAAAAUAAUUAUCUCGGUUGAGGUAACAAAAAACAAGUGUGACUCUGAAUAGAAACUUUCUACGGAAAUCUUUCUGUUCUUAUAACCAAAUAUUUAUCUAGUUCUCAGGAAACAGAAAAUUUAGUUACACAAACUGAGCUUUUCUCAUGUAAUAAGUACACGGAAAAAAUCCAAUUUGUGUGACUGAAUAGAGAAUAAAAUAAUUAUUUCGAUUGAGCUAACGGAAAACAAUUGACUGAAUAGAAACUUCCAAUGUUCCUACAUUAAGAAAAGAAUACUUGGAAAUUUAUUUAUGGAUUAUAAAAUUUACUUCACAGAAAUAAACUUCAUUUUACAGAAAUAAAGUUGGUUCUCAGAAAUAAACUUUAAAUAUAUCUCACAAAUAAAUUUUCAAGUAUUUUUUUCUCAGUGUAUAACUGAGCUGUUGUUUAGUCUUCGGGCAACAAAAAAUUCUGUUACGCGAGCUGAGUUCUUUUUUCCGUCUAAUAAGUGGAUUGUGCGGAAAUCCGCAAGAUUUUCUCGGAUAAGUAUGAUCCCCUUGCGCAUCCUGCAAGCAAUCCUCAUUAAGACCGAGAAUCUCGUAAGAUCUGCUGUUAUCAAUGGCGCGAACUGAUCCACGUGACCAACCGAACUCAUUCUUCCCUAUGAUUCUACCUCAAUUUUCGAGAUUAGAUGGUUUAGAUUCCUUCGUGAUAAAAGGUUGUUAGAGCGCGUGCGUACGCGUAUACUCGUCUCACGUACGCCCCCGAAUAUACAGGGUGCCCCGAAGCUGUCACACCUCCUUUCAGCUGCGAUCAGCUUGGAGUCGAUUUAUUUCCUCGACAGAGAAGUUUUCGAACUUUAGUUUAUAUCGAUCGUUUAUAUUUAUCGAGAUACUACUGAGCACUGAAACGUAUAGAAGCUGCAGAAAAAAGGUAAUUUUUUUUUAAGAUCUUGCGCGGAGGAAGGAACAACUUUGAACUGAUCAAACGAUACACGACUGAAAGAAAGCGCUAUAGUUCUGGGAUAACCUGUGUAUAGCAUGCAAAAAUGAUAAAAAAGAAAAAAAAAAGAAAGAUGUUAACAACACCAAGAAAGAUCUUUCUUCUAGAGCGUAAUUAUUUCGACAAAGAGAAUUUGCUUGAUCUAACGAAGACACGCAUACUGUGCGUUGUUGCUUGUUUUCGGAUUACCGCGAUACUUUCCGAGAAGACUUUCCGUUUACAAAUCAGUUGUGCCUAUCUCGUUUAAAAAGAAAGGGUACUUUAUGCAACUACACACAAAAAAUAUCUAUGUGACAUUCGGCUUGUGGUUCUUCGUGCAAACAAGAUCUUUAACGACAAAGAUACUGACAUAAUGAUAACUACAAAUAAUUAGAGUCUUGAUAAUAUAAUAAUAAUAUAAUAAUAAUAAUUAUUAUUAUUAUGGUAAUAAUAUGUGAAAUGAGCUAGAACUUAAAUGCGCUAUGGGAUAAGCUAGAGUGCAAAAAUCGUAAUGAUAUACAUACAUAUACAUAUAUUGAUAGUAACGACUGUUAUUAGUUGGACUAUUUCGUGCCUGUGGUCGAAUAUUACGAUUUUAUGGAAGUAUACCUGUAAUUCGUUAUGCGUAUUCAGAUUAAUACCAGCAAAGUCUUAGUUUACAAAAAAGUUUGGAGAAAUAAACUGAUAAUGCAGCCUUGCUAAACGUAUUUGUAUAGGGAAAGUUUAAGUGUAGAGAAAGAGAGGGAGAAAGGGAGAGAAAGAGAGAGAACGGUCGUGCAAAUGUUUAAAAGGAAAAUGGAGAAAAAAAACGAUUUACAACGGACUUUUUCCAUUUUGUACAAUCUAGUGUGUGGAUCAGUAUAUUUACAUAUUCACUUCUCGCAUUUGCGCUUCAUACUUGAACGUUUUCAAACUAAGUAACUCGCAACAUUCCUCACAACCCUUUGACAUCAUGUCGUUAAUAGUUUAGACAACAUCGAUGACAAUAAUUUCAACUAAUCACUUGCACGUCGGUCCUUGAGUAUCACUUCGAUCGCUUAGUCGUUUAUCGCUUAGCCGAUAACGGGAUAACUGUGGCAGUUAUUACAAUUGAACCUGAAGAUUACGUUUUCGUAUUGGCCGCAACGUGUUAAAAAAGAAAUAUGAAUCUCAAUUAUAUAAGCCAAUGACAGAUUAUAAUUAGUAUCUGUAAUCGGUAGAAUCAUUAUACAUGCAGAAAGUUUUUCUUGAAUAAUAUAGCACACUAAUGAUAUAAUUUAAAAGACUUAUAUUGGGCUACUGGAAUAUAUUUAUACUGAAGCUAAAACUUAUAUAUGACAACAAUAACAAAUGACAAACAGUUUGAUCAGAUAUAUUUUGUAACCUGAUAGUAUACAAGUUUAUCAUUUGUACACGGAGAAAAUAUUGUAAUAAAAAUUAAAAAAUAAUAAAAAUUACAUAAAAAUUAUAUCUUUUUUACAAUACUUUUUGUAAAGCUAGGUUAUACUAGAUUAUACUAUAAAAUUAUCGUAUAAACUAUCACAGAAAUAGCAAAAUUUGGCGAUCUACUUGAUAUACGAUAUAAGAAAACAUUCAAUUAAUUCUAAUAAUUUUGAAUUUAAAUGACGAACGUGCAUAAUAUUUUUAAACAAAUACAUAGUAAUUAGCGUUGUAAUUCUGUAUGGUCCAAGAUUACAAAAAUUUUGUAAUCUUGGACUAUAAUUUUUACUACAAAUUUUUCUCUGUGUAUAAGAAAAUAUUAGAGAUGUAAAAAAAAUAUCCCAUACUAAUAUACGUAUUUUUGGUGUUGCAAUUUGGACGUUGGACUGUUCGUUAUUUCUAAUGUCAAUAUGGAAGAAAUUCUUACCUCAAAUAAUAAUUAUUAUGUAAUAUAUAAUAUUACUUAAUCCAUCAUUUUGGAAAGACGGAAUUUGAAUUCCAUCUUUCCAAAAUGACAUGAAUUCAGUUUCUUUUUUUGUUGUAUUUUUGUAGUUUCUCAAACCUUAUAAUAUACUUCUUAUGAUUCUGUGGAAUAUUGAGAUUUAAUAACAGCCAAGAAAUUCUGAAAAUAUUACAAAGAUGUAAUGAGAACGAAACGUAAUGCGUGAAGUCUCUUUCCUCACCUUUCUGAUAACGGGUUAAUAUGCACAUCUAUGAGAACGGCAGAAAAACGGAAUAUUUUCGUUAUAAUUCUAAGCAGUGAUAAGCAGCUCUGAUAGUGUCAAUCGCGUUGCAUUGUUUGUUAUCAUUUUCAAGAGUAUGGUUGCGCAAAUAAAUUUACUGAAUUGAUUUUUUUGUUGAAGAAGACAGGAUUUCCAGUUUUUAUCAAAUAAAAACGGAAGAUAGGAAGACAGGAAUUCUGUUUCCUUCAACCAAAACGCAUUUGGUUCGUUUAUUGCCAGUUAAUUUAACCAAAUUUUUCUCCAUCUAGCAACGUAUAAUUUAAAGCAAAUGUUAAAACAACGUCUAAAUUUUCCAUAGUUUUUUAAAAUCUCUACGUUACAAAUAUAUCUUAACUGAGCAAGACUAUAAUAAUACUUGUUCGAUUAAUCAAUAUAUCUAUAAGAAAGAAUAUAUCUACAAGUUUAUAUCUACAAGAAAAAUUCUCUGCGUGUGUCAUUUCUCAAUGUGGAUUCCUAUAUCUAUUUCUUUUAUCUAUUUCUUUUCCUUUUUUCUUAUCUAUUUCUUUUUCUUUUUUAUCGCAAUUAUUUCUUCCGAUGCGCGCACGCGCGUUAGAAAGACUUUCGGGAUACUUGUUAUUUUAUACCGACGUGUUGCAUCUCAAUAGCGAGAGAUUCGGUGAUACUUUAUAUUAAAUGAAGAAUGUAUAUUGGUAUAAGCUUAUAUAGUAAUUUUUUUACUAUUUUACUAAGAACAUGUCAGAGACACAUCAUUCGCGAUCGUUUGUCUAUCGAAUCGAAAGCCACGGCAAAAUACCAUUAAAAGAUAAAAAAAAGGAAGAAAUGGUCGAAAUAUAAAAUUACAGGCAUUUAGCGUCUACAUACCUUUUACGAGGAAACGUAAUGUAAAGUGCAAGGCCAGUGCAAAUUAUUGUCAAAGAGAAUAGGACUCAAAGUUUCUAUAUUUUAUUAUCGUGACGUAUGUGCACACGAUUAAUCCCGACGAUCAACGAUCGCGCUGCGUGCAUGUAUGCGAUUACACUCGUGUAUCGCGAUCCAAGUACGGUAGUUCAUAGAGAAACGAUUCAUCGCACUAUCUCUCUCUUGAUAUUCGUGAUAAUCUCUAUUAUCCGUUAGAUGGUCAAUUCGAUGCAAACUAAACGUACGUCGCUAAUCGAUCUUACCCCGUAGAGCGCAUCCAAAAUAUGAGAAACUAUAAUUCUCCCCCGAAUUUUUCCAAGCACUUCGCUGAAUAUUCUUUCAUAUUCAAUGUCUACUUCGUAAUUUGAACGUAUGGCAACAAUUAAUACACGUAAUUGUACGAAUAUAUGGUAGCGCAGCUGCGACGGCUGGUAACGAUGAUGAUGAUGAUGAUGAUGAUGAUGAUGAUGAUGAUAGUGAUGAUAAUAAUCGUAAUGAUGUCGAUGACGAGAAGUUGAUAACAGCUGAUAUGUGUCAUUUAUUCGGCGGAUAUCCCAAGGCGCUUAUUAGAGCCUAAACGUGCAAGUGCAAUCGUUUAUAUGCGUCGAAUGUAUGCGUAGUCACAUCCAUGUGUAGACAGUUGACUAUCGAUGAUUUACUUACGAACGUUUCUUUGAACGCAUCAAGCCUUUGAACGUAACAAAGAGCCGCGUUAAUGUGAUUUCGAAGCUACGAUAACAUGCGAUACCGUAGUCACAAUAAAUAUGUUAGAAUGAAUACGAGAAACUAUGCAACUGUGUAAUGUAUACUAACGUGAUUUGUUAGAUGUCAAGUAGACAAAUUGCGUUGCGCGCGAGUUGGAGGAUAUUUGCCGAAUAAAUGAUCGCGCAGUCAGAGAGUAUAAAAGUGGAAAACGAACUUUCUCACAGCGUCCGCCGUUAACUAGCUAGCUAGUUAGCAAGCAAGCAUUGCGCGUACGCUCGGAUAAUAAUUGGUCGACAAUCUUUCGGUCGGAGAUGCCAGCGUACAAUGUCAGAACUUUCGUUCGUAAGUGAAGCCGCCUCGUCGUCUCCACCGUCGCGACGCGACAAAACGAAUCUUCCAUUUCGAGGAACUUACGUUUAGAUAAUUUUUCAAUGAAACAAUAAAAAAAAGAUCUCUUGAUAUGAAUUUAUACAUAUUUAAACAAAGUGUCCUAGUCUAUGUCGCGCGAGUGACGAGUUCAGCCUUUGCGAGACGAGAGAUGAGUCUACGAUUUACGAGGGGUGGGUAGAAUUAACGCUAGAGAUCGCCUCGACUGAUACUAUUUGAAGAGGAGGAAAUUCGCGAUCACGAUCGGCGAAUAAUAAAAUAUACGUACCGAGACACACAAUUAAGAUUAUCGAGAUUUAUUAGGCGCGCUUAGACGAAGCUCUCGUGCGUAAUAAUAACAAUGUCAUAUAUUUUGUGAGAGUAGUGUAUCUAUACUAGAGCUGGGAAGAGAGAAGUAAAAAGAAAAGGAAGAAACCAGGAUCCUUCGAUGCAACAUCCUUUUCCGUGAGUCCGAGAUCAUUGACCUUUAUAAGUAAGCACGUGACCUUUUCUUGAGUGUAGGUGCUUGCGUGGGGGGCAAUUUGACUCACAAUUCAAUUUAUUUAAAUUUGCUUUGCAAAUAUAAUCUUGCAUUUUUAUCUAUAAGCAAUUAUAAAUUAAUACGCAAUUAUAAAUUAUAAAUUAUAAUUAUUAUUGUUUUCAACAUAAAACAAUAACUUUAUUCUAAUUCUUUAAUUUUUAGUAAUAAUUUUAAAUAUAAAGUGUGGGUUAAUUUGAUCCACAUUUUAAUUUACUUAAAUUUGCUUUGUAAGCAUAGUUUUGCGUAUAUAUUUAUAACCAGUUAUAAACUAAGAUAUAUUUGAAAUAUAAAAUUAUAAUUUUAGAAAAUAUUAAUUUUUUAAUUUUUAAUAAUAAUUUUAUGCAUAAAAUGUAGGUCAAUUUGACCUACAUUUUAAUUUAUUUAAAUUUGCUUUGCAAAUAUAUUUCAUUUUUAUUUAUGAGCAGUAAUAAACUAAAAUAUAUUUCUUAAACAAAAUAAUUUUUAAAAAUUAUUGGUUUUAAAUGUUUUUUAAACAAAAUAAUUUUUAAAAAAUUUUAUUUCUUAAUAUCUAAUAAUAACUUUAAACAUAAAAUGUGGGCUAAUUUGAUCCACAUUUUAAUUUAUUUAAAUUUACUACGCAGACAUAGUUUUGCGUAUUUAUUUAUAACGAAUUAUAAACUAAGAACUAAAUAAUUUUAGAAAAUAUUAAUUUUGUAAUUUUUAAUAACACACAAUAUUAUGCGUAAAAUGUGAGUUAAUUUGGCGCACAUUUUACUUAAAUUUACGUUGCAAACAUAAUCUUCCACUUUUAUCUCUACAAGCAGUUAUAAACUAAUAUGUAUUUUAAACGUAAAAUAAUUAUCUUUAAAAAUUUUAAUUUUAAAAUUCUUAACAAUAAUUUUAAUUAAAUAUUUUUCAUCACAAGUUAAAUAAUAUAUCUUUUUAUAACUUAAUUUGGAGAAGUAUUCAUUUGUUUAUACGUAUGUCAGUUUUACUCCCAAAUGUCCACUUACGUGUUAAUAAAGAACAACGUGUCGUAAUACGGCAGAAUUCUAUUAGCGGGACUAACUAACUAACUACUAAUUACGUCUAUAUACGUCGCGUCGAUGAACGACGUUUGUCGUUCAACGCCCGGAAAACGUAAUCCGCGAACUUUCCAACACCCAGAAUAUCCCGGCUUGUCGAUUGUAAAUUUAGACGGUUCCAAAGAACCUCUUUUUUCUAUUCCGAUGCAAAAUCAUUCCUACCGGCGAGGAGACUCGUUCCAUCUGACGACAUUGAAUACUAACGCGUCUGCAUCGCCACUAAGAGCCUAAAACGAUUCGAAAGACACCAAGUUUCACACCGCGUGAAAGUGAGAGACGUAUUCUCCCGGGAUCGCGCUAUCAUUGCUAAUUACGAUGCCUCGUGCGCUAAAAUCCAAACGAUCGAUUCUCAAGCUUGCUUACGCAUGUUAAUAAGUAGUCACCAAUCGGCCCUGUGUGAAGAAUCAUCGCGACCUCGUCACAACUUGAUUGUCGGCGAGCAAACCGCUCGGAACACGGUCGAUACGAUACAUAUCCAGCAUGUCUUGUGUUACGGUACCCGUUGAGAUGAGUAUCGGAUAUCGUUCACGCCCGAAUAGUCUCCCAGCUCUAAUUUAUGCGUGUAUCCUUCCGAUGUUGUACACCCUGGACGUCAUCUCGAAAGAACCUCGACACUUCUGAUUCUUAUAUACAUAUAUGCAUAUGUACGAAUACACACAUGUACACAUUCAGAGAAGCACAUACACAAAACGUUACCAGCAUCGAAUAAAUACGAAAAGAACAUACUUUCAGUUGAGUCGCAUUAGAGUUUCUUACGUUCAUCGUCAUGCAUACAACCGUCGUGAGUGCCAAACGGCCAAGUCGCACAAUAUCCAUUGCAUCGACACAGACAGUCUCUCUCAUUAGCGAAACAGGAGCGAGAUGUUACUUCGUGCAUUUGUUGGUAGUUAACGAAUUCGCGGGCAAAGCGAUGACACAACGUUAA